AUGGAUGUGACUCGUGUGGGACGCCACGUCGGCACCGACAACUUUGGCAACCGCUACUACGAGAACAACGAGUACUUUGUGCCGCGCAACCGUUGGGUCGAGUUUCCCGACAAAGUGUGGCUCGACUACGACGCCACUCAGGUGCCCCCGGAGUGGUGAGCUGUUUCUUCCCCGAUUUUUUUCGGGAAUUCUUCGCUAUUUCCAGGCACUCGUGGCUGCAUCACAUCACCGACGACGCGCCGACUGUGAAGCCGCCGCCGACGCAAAAAUGGGUGCUCGAGCACCGAGAGAACACCUCCAUCAUCCCGUAUGUUUCGAUUUCUUACAGGCCUGGGGCGAGCGAUUCGGUUCGCGAAACUGUCGCCCCCUGUUUUUGUCCCGGUUGAUCCGCAAACUCGCACAGCCCUGUUACUUUGACUGUCCGUUCGAAAAGAUAUAUGUUAUCACUGUCUCCCCUACGGCGAAAAAAGUUUUCGCGCGCCCCAUUGAGCAUUCAACGGGAAACGCUGUUUUUUCGAGUUUUUGGGAUUGUGCACAGUUUUUCCUUAAAUCUUUUGCCUCGAGUUUGUUCAACUGACCGAUAGCUACGAAAUGAGCACAGAGUGCGCGUGUAAAAGUGAAAACUUGGCUUGAAAAACAGAACUUUUGGAAAUGUUAAGCAUUCACCCUAGUGUUCAGCAGACAGAGACUGCCCAUAAAGUGCAGAAAUGAAACAGAAAUUUCAGUUUUUGAGGUUCCGGCCUGAAAUACACAGAAAAGGGCAAAAAAAGUGCGCUUUCUUGUGGGCACAGCUGUCGUCAACUGAUAAUUCGGAUCAUCCCCGUUUCACCUAAUUUUCCUCAUUUUCGUAGAACAUCCAGAAGUUUCAGACCUACUUGUUUCAACGACACUCCGCUUUAACGACGCGUUGGGGGGAGACAGUGUGUUAAUUGAAAAUCAAAAUGUAUGCUUGGAAAUUGUGAUGUUUCAGUGACCAAAAGUACAUUCCGUACUCGACGACCCGCACCAAAGUACAGGGAUGGCAGCCGGGACAGAAGCCGCAAGACAACUGA